CAGAAGAAGGCGCGCCUUUCUGCACACAAAUUCAGAGCACACUCAGGGCCCUUCACCCAAGACGAGGCAUUUCAUUUGCCCCUCACUCACUCAAUUGUCCAGUGUCGACUUGAACAAGGGUAUAAGGUGAGCCUAGUCUCCAUUCUUGCCCCGCUGAAAAUUCACUCUCAACUUCCUUAGCAUUGAGGGACUUGGGCGUCCACAGGCCUCACGACUGAUUACCAUGGAAGAGGAGACCAACAUGGCAACUUGGAAUGGUUUGCCUGUUGAGCUCAAGGGCCUCAUUCUCGAGCACCUCGCCUACGGAGCCGUCGCUGAGAGACGCUCAAGAACAUCAAAGUCAAAGAGCAAGCGUCAUGACAUGGGCAGCUACGCCGUCGUCUGUCAACAGUGGCAGAGAUUCAUAGAAAAGAUCAACUUCAACACUCUCGAGAUCAACUCAGCCAAGGAUCUCUCCCGCUUCGACGAGAUUCUCCAGGACCCCAUCCGUCGCUCUUACCUGCGCCGCAUUUCACUUCGCAUUGAGCUGCCUCGCUAUAACAGCAAGCUGGCCAAGGUUCCCGAGACAGACACUGAGCAAAACGAAAAUGAGAUUGCAUUCACUCGGGGAAUCUGGAACCUUUUCGACAUUCUCAGUAAAUGGACACCUUCGGGCCAGAGUGUUGAGUUGGAGCUCAGCGCCGCUUCGCCCAGCGAUAAGAACAAGCUGUUUGGUGAGCUGGGCUUGGAUCAGGACGGCAACUCGCGCUUCUUCGAUCACGACCUUGAUUUCUGCUUCAUCACUGCCAACUGUGAGCAGGUCGGAAGACACGGUCUCCCCGAGGUCUCGAUCAUCAACAGCUGCCAGAUUCUUCGCCGCAACCAUCGCAAUAUCUCAUCUCGAGCCUUGCUCAGCAUCAUCUCGAGUCUGCCUGAGCUCGAGGAAGUCCGAUUCGAGCCCUGGCAUCAAGUCGACUUGGAAGCACAGCUCGAAGUCGAUUCUGAUUAUGCCCGUACUUUCCCUUUCUGGCCUUCCCACAUUAAGCGCAUCAGCAUCUUUGAGCAUUUCGAUGCUUUCAACGAUGGCCCGGAAGCCGAAUGGGAGGAUGCCGAGUCUGUCGACGACAAUGACGCGGACCCAAUCGGCGGUGACAUCGCUCUUCCCGUACCUCCCGAAGGUGCAGAAGAAGCAGGCGACGUUGCUCGAACCUCGUGCCCCAGCCUUGGUCACAACUUGGGCUUCCUCAGCUUGCAAGCCGAGGAGAUGGCCGUAUCGAAUGUCUCUGACGCAACUGCCUUCUUUCAAGGCCUCCUCGCACGCAAGCCCGUCUGGAACAACCUCCGCCGACUUGCGCUUACCUCCCAUACGAUGAUUGACGGUAUCGACCACGAAACCGUUAAUGGCAUCCUUCGUUCGAUCGCCAGCGCCGCGAAACACAUGCCAGCACUGCAGGUGCUGGAGAUCUACAAGACCGACCAAUUUGGAGGUGCCGUCUUCCGCUACUCCGUCGAGAUAUUGUCGACAACGGCAUCGUGGGAGAGCACCUGGGACUUCCAUAUUGGAGCCGAUGUGAAGGCUGCGUGGGCCGAAGUCGCUAAGAAGAACACUCCUCACAACAUUACCUUCCUUCCCGAGAUCCGCCAGAGCGACUACCGGGGCCCAUAUGUAUUCUUGGACGAGAACCUGAAGACGAAGGAUCUCAUCAUCCACCCGGCAUCGUUGGAAGAUAUGCUGUCCAAGAAGUUGGAUAAGUGCUUGGCCUGCAAUGGAUACUGCGCCGACCCCAAGAGCGAAGAACAGAUGUGGGGUUCUUCGGGACUCAACAAUGCUUAAGCUACUAAGAAAGAUCGAUGUAUACACACGAGAACAUGCCUAGAUACCCUGUAGAGUACGAAUAUUGGACGGCUGCGAAGAUGGAUAACGGAAAAGUUGGCGUAAGGGGAAAGCAAACAUCAUCAAACAUUGGUUGUUUAGUACAGUAGAUACUUCUAUCAGUCAUAGCGGAAACACUGCUGGCAGACUGAGUCACCAUAGUCCAUCAUAUCUCCUAGUUACCGGUAUCCACCAGUGACGAAUGUUAUUCAGCUGAGGUACCUCAGGUGGUUCGCCGAUGAUUCAUCUCGCCAGCGCCACUGCAGAAGCCCAGACCACCAAGCGCUGAGCGUGGCUCAUGUUGUUGCGAU